AUGAACUCACAUGCUGUAGCAACAAGGAGGUCUUUAUACUUAGCAAAAAAUGACAAAAUACGGAUUAGGGUGAAAUGUAAAGGUGUUGUAAGUAAGCCUUCUACAGGAGUUGAUGGUGGUGGGCCCUCAACCAGAAGUAGGGCAAAGUGCAAGGGUAAAGAUGUAAUUGCCAAUAAAGGUACAUGUCCAUGGGCAGUUCAAAUAUCGAGGGCUAAUGAAAAUCAGGAUUGGUUGGUGAAAACAGUACAGGAUGAGUAUAAAUGUUUGCAAACAAGGGCGGUUAAAGCUUGCACUUCCAGAUACGUAGCAAACAUAAUUAUUCAACAAAUACAGAGUAACCCUAAAAUUCUAGUGAAAGCUUUACACGAUGAGUUGUGCAAGAAACUGGAGGUAGGAAUGUCAUUGCAAAAGGUUGCUAGGGCAAAGUCAAUGGCUGAGAGUAUCAUUAGUUGGGACUACCAAGUACAGUAUGGAUUUUUGAGGGAUUAUGUGUUGGAGCUACUCAACACUAAUCCUAGUACAACAGUUCGAAUUGAUGUGUAUCCAGAAACCUCCCUGUCUAUUACCAUAAGAACUUUUAGAAGAAUAUAUGUCUGUUUAGGUGCAUUGAAGUUAGGAUUCAAAUCUGGAUUAAGAGAUUUUCUAGGUCUGGAUGGUACUUUCAUGAAGGGCCCUUACCCUGGGCAAGUGUUAACUGUUGUAGGGUUGGACUCAAACAAUGGCAUAUACCCUGUAGCAUAUGAAGUGGUAGAGACAGAAUCAACAAGUAGUUGGACCUGGUUCUUGGAACUGUUAGGAGAAGAUCUGGAUUUGGGACCAAAUUCAAACUUUACCUUCAUUUCUGAUAGACAAAAGGGAAUAAUACCAGCAAUGGAGAAGGUAUUCCCUAGUGCAGAACACAGGUUCUGUUUGAGGCAUAUCCAGGAAAAACAUGAAGAAACAAUGGAAAGGAAAAGACUUAAGUGA